UGAGAGUGAGAGGAGAUGAAGUGCUGUUAAAUUCCACAAGAGUCACUACCUUGUCGGGAGAAUAGACAAAGAUAUUCUCAAUAUUACAAUGAAUCUGGGCAGUGGAUAUACAGUCAUGGAUCAUCCAGUGAGGUGCCCGAUCAAUAUUUGGGGUGAAGAAAUCAAUGUUGACUGUUUCUGAGCAACACCUAUUGAGAAGUACCCUGAGAUUAACUGCUGGGCUCUAGAACUUCACGUCUUAAAAUGUCAGAUCACGAGGACCUAAAUAAAGUCAUGGGACACUGGAAUGCCUCAGAGAGCUACCAGCUCAACCCAGCCAGUGUCAUUGUCUCUGUGGUCUUCUCACUCAUCUUCCUUCUGGGGACCAUUGGAAACAGCCUGGUACUGGCUGUGCUCCUCAGAAGUGGCCAAGUCGGAUAUAACACCACCAAUCUGUUCAUCCUUAACCUCAGCGUAGCUGAUUUCUUCUUCAUUAUCUUCUGUGUGCCUUUCCAAGCCACCAUCUACUCUCUGGAGGGUUGGGUGUUUGGGUCCUUCAUGUGCAAGGUGGUUCACUUCUUCAUCAACCUCACCAUGUAUGCUAGCAGCUUCACCCUGGCUGCAGUAUCGGUGGACAGGUAUUUGGCCAUUCGUUACCCCCUGCGCUCAAGAGAAUUGCGAACGCCAUGCAAUGCAGUGGUUGCAAUGGUAGUAAUUUGGGGUCUGUCUCUUGUUUUUGCUGGGCCUUACUUGAGUUAUUACGACCUCAUCGAUUUUGAAAACAGCAAUGUGUGUGUCCCUGGCUGGGAGGAACAUAACCGCAAAGUCCUGGACACCUGCACCUUCAUUUUCGGCUAUGUCAUCCCAGUGCUUAUAGUAAGCCUGUCAUAUACACGCACCAUCAAGUACCUCUGGACAGCCGUUGACCCUUUGGAUGGCAUGUCUGAGUCAAAACGAGCCAAGCGCAAAGUCACCAAAAUGAUCAUCAUAGUCACCGUGCUCUUUUGCAUCUGUUGGCUACCGUACCACGUGGUCAUUUUGUGCUACCUCUAUGGAGACUUCCCCUUCAACCAGACCACGUAUGCAUUUAGGCUGCUGUCACACUGCAUGGCCUACGCAAACUCCUGCCUCAACCCUAUUGUUUACGCCUUGGUGUCAAAACACUUUCGCAAAGGCUUCAAGAAGGUGUUCAGCUGCAUCCUCAGCAAAAAGGGGCGUAAUAAAGUGCAUGUGGUCCAUGUGGCAAACACAGUUCCUGGCUUUGAAGCUGGCUCCACUGAAGUGUCUCAAAUGAAUGAAGAGAAUGCCAGACAGAACGAGAGUGAAAUGGUCAACCGCCCACCCAUGGAUCCACAGGAUGCAACUAUGACUAUUACGUUACCCUUCCAGAAUCAGCCCUGAAGAAACAGAGAAUAGCUAAUCAGACAUCCUUAUUAAAAACUCAAGAAGAACCAGUGGA